AUGUCGUCCGUCGUAGGCGUCUCCUCCCUCUACCAGACGGCCCCCACUGAGAAGCCGCUUGCCAGGGCGGCGGCGCUGGGAGCCCCCGCGCAGACGCUGUCCUCCUGCUGCUUCCUCCGGGCCAGUGCGAGGGGCCGAGCGCUCGUUGCGGCGGCUAUCGCCACACCAAACUCUGUACUCAGCGAGGAGGCCUUCAAGGGUCUCCAGGGGCGCUCCCUCACCAAGGGCCCCCUGGGGAGCGAGUCGGACGACGACGAGGGCGGGUUUGACGAGGAUGACGAGGAGGGCUACCCCCUGGCGGAGGACCAGACCGCAGGGAGAGACGAGCUCGCCAUUUCUAGCCUGGGCUUGCCGCAGCAACUGGUGGACUCUCUCCAGAAGCGUGGAAUAACCCACCUCUUCCCCAUACAGGUCUUAAAAGUUUCAGUUUCUUCUCACGACGCCUGAUGCCAUUGCUUGCGUUUCUUUAUCCUAACUGGAUGGGCUUCACGAGGUUCAGAUCUUUGCUACCCCGUCUCUUGCACUCAUUUAGGGUUUCGCGAGGCGCCGACUUCUCAGAGCCGGGCAGAACCUACCGUGCGACCCACCAUCGAAUUUUUUCACCAUUUUUGUUCUGAGCUGCAACACCCCAUUUAUUCGCACUCCUUCCGCACCUUCAUAUGUUUUCUUCCGGUUUUCUUCCGGGUUUCUAUUCAUUCAAGGCUCGCCACGAAGACAGUUCUUUUGAGGGAAGUAUUGUGCAUGUACCCGAUGCUGUGGGAUGCAUUUCGAUUGGGGGUAGUGUAGCUUUCUUGUAGUUGUCUACUGAAUCUAGAUGAAUCUGAUCUUAAUGCCCAAUUGAAUAUAUCAUCUGGUAGAUAGAUUUCUUUUUUCGAUGAGACCCGAUAGUUCCACUGCACAGUGAUUGGGGUUGAAAUUUUUUUUUUUUUUUUCUUCACUGUAGAGGGCCGUUCUUGAACCUGCUCUUGAAGGUCGAGAUCUCAUUGCCCGGGCAAAGACUGGCACGGGGAAGACACUGGCCUUUGGGAUUCCCAUCAUCAAGAAGCUUACUUUGGACGACGAGGGAGGAAGUAUUUCAAGGUAGUCUUCCCCCCCCGCCCCCUUUUGUGGUAUAAAUACGUUCCCUGGUGCAAGUUUGCCUCGUUCUUGACUCUUCGCUGCCUAUUUCUCUUGGUAGACGGGCACGACGGCUUCCCCGCUUUCUGGUCCUGGCGCCCACCAGGGAGUUAGCCAGGCAAGUUGAGAAGGAAAUCAAGGAAUCGGCUCCCUACCUGAGCACAGUCUGUGUUUACGGAGGGGUCUCCUAUAACCUCCAGCAGAACGCAAUCUCUCGUGGGGUUGAUGUGGUGGUGGGGACCCCAGGGCGGAUCAUCGACCUGAUCAAUAGCAGCAGCUUGAAGCUGGGUGAAGUGCAAUACUUGGUCCUUGACGAAGCUGACCAGAUGCUCGCCGUAGGAUUUGAGGAGGAUGUGGAAGUAAUUUUAGAUCAGCUUCCACAGCAGCGCCAGAGUAUGCUCUUCUCUGCGACGAUGCCUGGCUGGGUGAGGAAGUUGGCUAGGAAGUACCUUGACAAUCCUUUGACCAUUGAUCUGGUAGGUCUCAAUUUGAGCUGGUAUAUAUACUUGUUCAGUGUCGUUUCGGGUUUUUGUCAAUUUAUGCAGUGAAUAAUAUUUUUUGGAUUCAUGUGUAUCAUGAUAAUCAGUUGUCUUAUAUUCCUGCUGCUGUGGUAGAUUAAGAAUGCAAGUUGACUACGAUUAUAAUGUCCUUGUUGCGAAAUGGCUCAUGAUAAUUGUGACCCAUCAUAUACUUAAGCUUUGGAAUUUGAUUGGGUCUCUAUUUUUUCAUUGUAAGCUUGAUGAAAACUGAUUUGCGUGAUUUUUCCGUCCUCCUAAUGGAUCUUCGACUGCCGUGAAUUAAUCACAAUUGGAUACUAUUUUAUUCUUCUCAUUGAUGCAUGGAUUCUUUCUGCUCUAAAAUACAGGUGGGAGACGAAGAGGAAAAGCUUGCGGAGGGCAUUAAACUUUAUGCAGUUCCGGCCACUUCAACAUCAAAGCGCACCAUCCUCAGCGACCUGAUCACGGUAUAAGCAAUAAAUGAGCUUGCAAGUCCGACUUUUUCGCAGAAUCCCUCCCCUUAUUUUGAAAUGACGAUUUGGCUUCAAGAAUAAGUCAUAUGCACAAAUAUUUAUCUUAUCUUGCUGCUAAUCUCCUGAUUUUGAUUGAUCUUCGUGCUUUGCUUUGAUGUACUGAUCUGAUCAAUAAGAUCAGGUGCCUUGUUCUCCAUGUUUCCACCUUUCCUGCUAUAAUUUGGGUCUCAGAAUCAUCCUGCUUCUGAAUAUUGAUGAGAAAAAUGUUUUACUUAUUGAUCUUUCCAGGUUUAUGCAAAAGGGGGAAAGACCAUCGUUUUCACUCAGACCAAGCGGGAUGCAGACGAGGUCUCCAUGGCGUUGACAAACAGCAUAUCAUCCGAAGCAUUGCACGGGGACAUCUCUCAGUAUCAGCGGGAAAGGACCUUGAAUAGCUUCCGCCAAGGGAAGUUCACCGUGCUAGUCGCAACCGACGUUGCUGCCCGUGGCCUAGACAUCCCCAACGUCGACUUGGUGAGCAGAUAAUCUUCCCCAUGGAGACAUGUUUCGUGGGUCAUGAUCAGAAUGAUAUUCAUUCAGCAGCUGAGGUUUGACUCCCUUUCUCUGCUGUAGAUCAUUCACUAUGAGCUGCCAAACGACCCAGAGACGUUCGUCCAUCGGUCCGGGCGGACGGGCCGGGCCGGCAAAGAAGGGAAUGCAAUCCUCAUGUUCACCGGCAGCCAGAGGAGGACGGUCAAGUCCCUGGAGCGCGACGUGGGCUGCCGAUUUGAAUUCAUCAGCCCUCCAGUCAUGCAAGAGGUGCUGGAGUCGUCGGCCGAGCAGGUUGUCGCCACUCUGCAGGGCGUGCAUCCGGAGUCAAUCAAGUUUUUCCUUCCGUCGGCUGAGAGGCUGCUGCAAGAACAGGGGACAAGCGCCCUGGCGGCGGCGCUGGCUCAUCUGAGCGGCUUCUCCCAGCCUCCUUCCUCGCGCUCGCUUAUUAGUCACGAGCAGGUGAGGUUCUUCCUGAUCUCGAUGUGCUCGAUCUUCCUGCUUUGUGCUUGGCAUUUAGUUCAUCAGAUCUCGUGUGGCAGGGAUGGGUGACUCUGCAGUUGACCCGCGACCCGGGCCAUUCAAGAGGGUACUUCUCUCCGAGAUCUGUCACUGGUUUUCUCUCUGAUGUCUCCCCCGCCGCUGCCGAUGAAGUUGGGAAGAUCUACAUGAUCGCCGAUGAAAGGGUGGGUGUCUAGGGAUCCAAUGUCUUAGUUUACUUUCAGUAGGGUCUCGACGAUUCAAUCAAGUUGUCAGAUUCUUGAUACUAUACUGUUCUGAAUUCUUGGGUCGCUCUCUGUUUUAGGUCCAGGGGGCUGUCUUCGACUUGCCGGAGGACAUUGCUAGGGAUCUUUUAAGCAAGCAGCUGCCACCCGGGAACACUCUCUCGAAGAUCACAAAGGUGGGCCUCCUCUGGCGCUAUUAAUCUAAACCCUAAACCGUCGAUACUAGUUUGGGGAAGAAGAUGAUGAUCUGAACUGGGGAGAUAUGUUGGAAUUCAUCCCGCUCUGCAGAUGCCCUCUCUGCAAGACGACUCCCCGGCAGGCGACAACUACGGGAGGUUCUCCAACUUCGACCGUGGUUCCCGGAGGGGAGGCUUCAGGGAGAGAGGAUCGAGGGGCGGCAGCUCCAGGGGCUGGGGUGGCGGCCGAACCAACUCCUCCGAUGAUGAGGACGGGUUCCGUCGCGGCCGGCAGGGUCCUAGAUCCAACGAUAACUGGCCGAGGAAGUCGAGGGGCAGCAGCGGCGGUGGCGAUGACUGGUUGAUCAGCGGGCGACGUGGGAGCCGGCCGCCACCCUUCGGAGGCAGGGGCAGGUACGAUUUGAUUCCUUGA